CUCCUCCUUCCCCCGCCAACCCCGCCCCCCGUCUCGGCCAUCCUCAGCGCAAGAUCCCAGACGUGAGGACCCGAAGACCUGACGACCGGCCUCUCAAGAUCAGCAGUUGUAGGAGCCGCUGCUGCUGAUCAUGGAGCGGCCAGGACGCGUCUCAUCCCUGCCCCGUGCCCUACUCCUCAUCUGCCUCCCCCUUCUCGCAUUCUUCCUCCACGACUCCGUGGCCCAGACUCGCGCUCGCAGCAUUAUGCGCGUAGAAGAAUGCCCGGUCGAUAUCUACUUUGUGCUGGACACGUCCGAGAGUGUGGCGCUGCGAAUUAAGCCGUACGAAGCCGUGGUGGACAAGAUCAAGGACUUUACCAACAUGUUCAUUGACAAACUCAACAACAGGUACUUUCCGUGCGAUCGGAACUUGACUUGGAAUGCUGGAGCGCUACACUACAGUGACGAGGUGAAGUUGGUCAGUUCGAUGGUGGAAUUGCCAUUCAAGAGAGCCGAACUGAAGAAGAACGUGAGCGCCAUCCAGUACAUUGGCCGUGGCACCCACACCGACUGUGCCAUCAAGGAAGCCAUCGAGGUGCUGCGGUUGAGGCGGAGCAACAAGUACAUCGUCGUUGUGACAGACGGGCACCCACUGGACGGAUACAAUGAGCCUUGCGGCGGCCUCACCCACGUGGUGGAUAAUGCUAAGGGGCUCGACAUCAAGUUCUUCGCCGUGGCCGUGACCCCCAAGCACGUGGAAACUCGCCUAGCUUUGAUUGCUUCAGGUCCAGACUACAGGAAAAACUAUUCAGCCACUGACAACGACAUAGCAAACAACGAAGUCAUCACAGACAUCUUGGAAACUAUUUACAAACAAGUUAAAGACCACUGCUGCACCUUCGAAUGUGAUGCACCCCGUGGAAUCUCUGGAACCGCAGGUGACAAAGGUGACCCUGGCUCAGGCGGGAAGAGAGGACCGCCUGGUCGAGCAGGCUCCGAUGGCCUCCCGGGUUUGGCUGGUGACAUCGGGCCUCCAGGGCAUCCGGGUGAGAAGGGUGACCGUGGAAUUAUUGGAGAUAAGGGUGGAAGAGGAGGACAAGGCCAAAAGGGAGACAAGGGUUUGCCUGGGAUAGACGGAAAGGACGGACUGAAGGGUGAUCAUGGAUACGCCGGGAUUCCGGGCUGUGUUGGAGACCCAGGCAAUGAUGGAGAACAUGGAGAACCGGGUCCCAAGGGAGAUGCUGGAUUGUUUGGCAAGAAAGGCCAAAAGGGUGAAAAUGGUGACGAAGGUACUCCAGGCCCUCCCGGUAUAAUGGGUACUGCAGGCCCUAAGGGCAAUCGUGGUCGCAAUGGGCUAAACGGAGUAAAAGGAGAGAGGGGUGAUGAAGGAGACUUUGGAGGUCCAGGAAUACCUGGAUUAAUAGGCUCCAAAGGCGACCCAGGAAUGAUUGGGCCUCCGGGCAAUCGUGGAAGCAAAGGUGACAAGGGAGUAAAUGGCGCGAUUGGUCCAGAUGGACAUGAAGGUUUUUCGGGCGACGUUGGCAAGCAGGGUCCCAAAGGUAGGCCAGGUGCCAAAGGUCAUAAAGGCGAACCGGGCAUCCCCGGGGAAGAGGGUUCUGAUGGACCAAAAGGAGUACCAGGGCCCAUUGGAGAGCAGGGCCCUGUAGGAAUGAGGGGUGAAGAUGGCACUCCUGCAGAGGGCAUUAAGGGACAGCAAGGCUUCCCUGGAACUUCAGGGCAGAGAGGGCCUUCGGGUGACAGAGGUCCUAAAGGGUUCCCUGGAUUAAAGGGAGACAGAGGAGAAUUUGGAGAUGCUGGUGAAGAUCAAAACAUAAAUGGCAAGGGAGGCCCUAAAGGACCAAAGGGAUAUCCCGGGCCGUCUGGCGACAUAGGUCCACCAGGCAGUCCAGGAAAACCUGCAAUCGAUGAAUGCGAGAUGCUGGAUAUAAUUCGCCGCAUGUGUUCCUGCUGUGAGUGCAAGUGUGGGCCUGUGGAACUGAUCUUUGUGCUGGACAGCUCCGAGAGUAUUGGAACGGAGAGCUUCACCAUAUCUAAGGAGUUCAUCAUCCAAGUUCUCAACCGAGUGGUCGACAAUGAAAAUAUAAAGGAAUCCAACAUAAUGGUGGUGCAGUACAGUCACGAAAAAACCGAGGAAAUGAUCAACUUCAAAGAUUCCUCCAUCAAGUCCUUAAUGGAUUUUAAACGGGCUAUCAAGAAUCUCAACUGGAUCGCUGGAGGAACAUACACAGGACACGCUCUCGAUUUCACGAAGAAAAUGCUGGAGAAGACGCAGAACCCCAACCGCGUGGCCAUUGUGUUGACGGACGGGCGCAACGAUGAUAAAAGGGAUGUCAAGUCCCUCAAGUCACUCUGCAAUCUGCCUGGCAUACGUGUUAGAGGUGUGGGAGUGGGAGAUGCCUUUAAACGGGGGCCAAGGGCAGAGGGCAUCACAGAUAUUGAGUGCAAUGCCAAAGCGAAUUCCGACUCCGUCUUGGCCGUUGCCUCCUACGCUGAGCUUCUGGACGAUUCCUUCCUGGAGAACGUCACCAACGUCAUCUGCAAAGAUCGGAAGUGUCCAGAUUUUACUUGUCCUGCUGGCUUCACCGUGCCAACAGACCUCAUGAUGUUGCUGGACAGCUCUGCUAGCAUUGGCGAAAAGAACUUCAAAAGCCUCAAGUUGGUGGUGGAGAAAGUGGCCAAGCGAUUACUCGUGCCAAAGGACAGGAGUGCCAGAAGUACGACCCGCGUAGGAGUCAUUCAGUUCAGCAACACCAAACAACAGGAGGUUGUAAGUGAAUUCGACACCAACGCCACGCUGGUGGCACAAAGGAUCCAUGAAAAAACAUUCCUGGGAAGCACCACAGAUUUGCCGGACGCACUUCGCUUCACGGCCAACUACAUAAACAGCAAGGCCGAGCCUGUGGCCAAGACCAAGCGGCAAUUGCUCAUAUUCACAGACGGACACGUGCAAGACAGCAAGCAGAGUGCUCUGGUAGCCCAAAUUAAAGAAUUGAUUAAAGCUAAAGUCAACAUUCAUGUCGUGUCCAUGGGAGAGAAUGUGAAUGAGAAGGUGCUCUCCAUACUCGUGACGGGAGAGGCGAACACCAAGAAAAUGGAUGUCAUGCAGGAGAAGGUCAUCCCCGUCGUGGACUACGAUGUCCUCAGCAAUGACAUAACCUACCAGAAGAUCGCUCACAGGAUUUCCAAAAAUCCCACAGCCUAAGUAGCUUCCUCAGUGUAUGCAUUCCCAGAGUUAAAACUAACGCGUCAUGCACAUUGCUAAAUUAACAAAGACGUGAGCUCAGUUAAGAUUUGAUCACCUCUGAAAAACGGAACAUUGUCCCGCGACUGUCAUGAAUUGUGAAAAAAUAUAGACUGUGCAUUUAAAGUUUAGGGAGCAUACAUUUGAUAUCACAAAGGGGUGAAAGCAGCAUUUUACAUUAAGUUUUAUCGUGCCAUUUCUUUUCCCAUUUUUUAUAUGAUCAAAGCUGUUUCCUAUUUUGUAAUCAGUUUGGAAUUGCAGAACAAGUUACGCUUUAAAAAGUUAAUUGGGAGAAAUUUUAAACCUCUGUGUAGUAGUUUAUAUUUGUUUCUUAAUUAAGUGAGUUUGAUAUAUAGACCAGGAGCUGGGAUAAAAUAACUAAUUAAAUAGUGCAACCUUGUAGAAUCGCAGGAAAAAACACAAAAGCAGAUGGAAAAUACAUCACGAGUUUACAUUUUAUUGUCAUUUAAAAUGUGCUGAUUAUUUUAUCAUACGUAUUGCAAGUAAUCAUUGAUAUUUUGUUUUACACACUACAUGAACACAAGUUUUAUCUUUGCUAUUUUUUACAUUGAUUAUAGACCUUCCUAUUUCACUAUUUCACAUCUAUAACAUUUUUCCGAGCUCUGCUUUAGCAUUGCAAUUAAUACUGAAAUUUUUACUUUUCAUUCACUGAUGGUUAUCCUCUUGUGCUAUCACAGUUCAUCGAAGUAUAAACUGAGCACUGUCAAGUGUAUCGUAUACUGUUUGUGGUUUAAACUUUGGAUCGUUAUUUGUAUUCAUCGCCUAUAAAAACAAUAAAAUGGUGCUAAAUUGAAGAAAGA